AUGGACUACGAGCGGGUCGAUGCUGUCGGCUAUUGCUUCGGAACAAGAUACGCCAUGCGACUGUUCCAGCCAGGUCCCUGCGAUGUUGCCUGUGUCGCACACCCCAGUUUCGUCGACGCAGAGGAAUUACAAGCAAUCCAAGGCCCGCUAUCCAUUGCUGCAGCUGGUAAUUCACUCGGGGGUGAAUUCGUUUGCAAGACUUUGCUCAAGAUUAUGUGCCAUGAAUCUGAGGAUAUCCUGGCCAAAACUGGCCAGCCGUACCAGAUCAACUUGUUCGGUGGCGUUGAGCAUGGAUUUGCUGUUUGCGCAGAUAUCACCAAGCUAACAAUUCGCUUUGCCAAAGAGUCUUGA